GCUCCCUGGCGUCACUUCCGCCGCUCCAUAGCAACGACGGUGCGGCGGCAGCGAGGCCAUGGCUGAAGUGGAGGAAACGCUAAAGAGGAUUCAAGCCCACAAAGGGGUUAUCGCAACUAUUGUUAUAAACGCCGAAGGAAUUCCGAUACGAACAACUCUUGAUAACUCUACAACAGUCCAGUAUGCAGGUCUUCUUCAUCAGCUCACCAUGAAAGCUAGGAGCACAGUGAGAGAUAUUGAUCCUCAGAAUGAUCUAACCUUUCUUAGGAUCAGAUCAAAGAAACACGAAAUUAUGGUAGCUCCAGAUAAGGACUAUCUCCUGAUUGUUAUUCAGAACCCAUGCGAAUAGUCCUACUAUGGCAAUAUUUUUAGAGACAGUGAUGUAGUUCUACUUGUUAAACUAAACUAAUAUUACUUGUUGAUAUUUAAUAUCAAACGUAGCACUAAGUAAUUUUACAUAAAGUGUAACUGUCAUGACUGAAAUGUUGCCAAUUUAAGUUCUCAGUUGUAGCUGUAUCAAUUUGUGUUUGAGCAAAUCAUAAUGCAUAUAUCAAAAUAUUGUAUGUUUAUCUUGAUACUCAGAAGAGCAAUAAUAAAGCAAAAUGC